ACGCGAUCGCCACGGUGGACAGCACAGCAACAAACUCAUCCGACGGUACCGUAUACGGCAAGAAGCCGUCGGAGAUGCAUGACGCUGGCAAAAUGUUUAUCGGCGGUCUCAGCUGGGACACUACAGACGAGGGUCUGAAGAAUUACUUCUCCGAAUUCGGCAAGGUAGACGCGGUCACGAUUAUGCGUGAUCCUAACGGGCGCUCGCGCGGCUUCGCGUUCCUGACGUUCGAGGAUCCAGCGGCCGUGAACGCCGUCGUCGUUCGCGAGCAUUUCCUGGACGGGAAGGCGAUCGACCCGAAGCGAGCCAUUCCGCGAGAAGAGCACCUUCGCAACACGCGUUUCUUUGUCGGUGGGCUCGCGGCAGCGACGACGUCAGAUUCCAUGAAGCAGUUCUUCGCGAACUACGGGAAGGUGGCCGACGCGACGGUCAUGGUGGAUCGCGAGUCCGGGCGAUCGAAAGGGUUUGGUUUCGUGACUUUCGAGGACAUACCGCAUCCCGAGCAGAUCAUUGGCAAGAUUGGCCUUGUACUCGACGACAAGGAGAUUGAAGUCAAGAUGGCGCAACCUCGUAGCCAGCGCGAUCAGCAGCGCGCGGCGAGCGAGCAACAGACCGAGCCCAAGAAUGGUAGCACCUACAUCUCGCAGCCGAUGAACGCGAUGUUCAAUCAGCGCGGGAUGGGCAUGGUGAACCCUAUGAUGGGCAACAUGGGCAUGAUGCCGAUGAUGAUGGGCAUGGGUGGAAUGGGCAACAUGGCGGGCAUGGGCAUGGCGGGCAUGAACGGCAUGAUGGGGAUGAACGGAAUGGGUGGAAUGGGCGCCAUGGGCGGGAUGGGCAGCGGCGGCAUGAACGGCAUGACCGCGAUGGGAGGCAGCACAAUGGCGGGUGGCGGGAUGGGCGUCAACAUGCCGGCGGCCAUGGGCACAGGCGCCAUGACGGGUGGCGCGAUGGGCGCCGGGAUGGCCACCGGGAUGACGGGCGCGGGGAUGGGUGCUAUGGGCAACGCCGGGAACAUGGGCAUGGGCGCCAUGCGCAUGGGUAUGGGUGGACCGAUGGGCAACUUCGGCCAGAUGGGCGGCGCUAUGGGCGGCAUGGGAGGGAUGGGUGGCAUGGGUAUGGGCAUGAUGCGCCAGGGCAUGAUGAACUCGCGCAUGGGGGCCAUGGGUGGGGGAACAGGGCCUGCGCGGGUAACAAACCGUGGACAGAACAAUUUCCAUCCCUAUGCGCGGUGAUGUGUCUGUAUGGUCCUGCUAUGCUUGCUCGGGUCCAGUUUUCUCUACUCUAUAUACUCAUUCCUUGUCUUCUGUAUGAUACUGAGCCCAUAUAAUAGUACCUAAAUCUCACGGACUUGGGGCAGGCCUACUGACCCUUAACGGGGUUUGCAACACUUUCGGUG